UCCUUGCCUUUGGGUAAGCCGAGUCAAUCUGGCAAACAAUCCGGACCUUCGUCUUCGUCCUCUCUUGUGCCUGACGCCGAUCACCCCCGUGCCGCUGCCCGGAUUAGUCGCCGCCAUGGCCGACUCCGAAUCGAUCCAUGAUGUGCCGGCAACGCCCCCGAGCACCACGGUCUCGAGCACCACGGUCUCGGACCGUGCCCCGACCGGCGAAGGGGGGGUCGGAAACCGACCAGAGCCGCAGCUGAAGAAGCGGGAUAGACUGCUCCGCGGCCUGCAGCGCAUGUCGUCGUCGCCCUCUCUAAACCGCUCCGGCCGCUCCCGGUCCGCAAGCAGCCCCUACAGCCUGAGCGGCACGCUCUCAUGCGCCAGCCUGGCUUCAACCUCCUCCCCGUUUGGCCAGCCGAGUGUCAGCUCCUACUUUUCACAGCCGUCUGGCGCGGCAAGCUCUAGCGCCCAGACCUCGAUUCCAACCAGUCCCAUCGCCGAGAGGCCCGGUCAGGAAGCUCGGGAGGCAUUGGAAUCGGUUCUUGCCGCUCGGCCAGUCGGCUGUGCUACCCCCGCUCGGCCAACAAUUUCCCUGCCGCCAAACGUCAGGAAGAAGACGACCACAUUCAACCUCUGGGCCGACAUGCCCCGUGAGCUCAAGAUAUAUGUCCUCUCGUUCCUGAGGCCCAAGGAACUCGUUCGGAUCUCCAGGGUCUCCCGCGAGUUUCACCAGAUGUGCUUCGAUGGUCAACUGUGGACGUGCCUCGACGCAUCCGAGUUCUACAGGGAAAUUCCCGCAGAGUCGCUGGCAAACAUCAUUGUCUCGGCCGGGCCGUUCGUGAAGGACCUCAACCUCAGGGGCUGCCUCCAGAUGGAACACUACCAACGGGCCGAGGUGAUGGUAAAGGCGUGCCGCAAUCUCAUCAACGCCACUCUGGAGGGAUGCCGAAACUUUAAGCGCUCAACCCUGCAUAGCCUGUUGAAGGCCAACGCGAAGCUGGCCCACUUGAAUCUCACCGGCCUGCCCGCGGUGAACAAUGCCACCUGCAAGAUUGUGGCCAACUCUUGCCCGCAGCUCGAGACGUUCAAUGUCUCGUGGUGCAAGCACAUGGACGCCCGAGGGAUCAAGUUCGUCGUUGAAGCGUGUCCGAAACUGAAGGACCUUCGAGCGGGCGAGAUCAAGGGGUUCCACAACCCCGACGUUGCCGAGGCCCUCUUCCGCACCAACAAUCUCGAGCGGCUCGUCCUCGCCGGCUGCGACGACCUAACCGACACGGCCCUGCAAAUCAUGAUGCACGGCUCCGAUCCGGAAACCGAUUACCUGACCGGCCGCCCGAUGGUUCCGCCCCGCAAGCUCCGCCACCUCGAUCUCACCCGCUGCCUGCGUCUCACCGACGCUGGCGUCAAGGCCCUCGGUUACGCCGUCCCGAACCUCGAGGGCCUCCAGCUCUCGGGCGUCACUAACCUCACCGACGCCGCCCUCGAGCCGAUUCUCGCUUCCGCGCCGCGCCUAACCCACCUCGAAUUGGAAGAUAUUGCGCAGCUCACCAACUCCCUCCUAACCCAACACCUCGCCAAGAGCCCCUGCACGGCUCGGCUCCAGCACCUCAGCGUCAGCUAUUGCGAGAACCUCAGCGACGUCGGCAUGCUCCCCGUAAUACGUGCCUGCACGCGCCUACGAUCCGUCUACAUGGACAACACCCGCGUCAGCGACCUCGUCCUCGCCGAAGCCGCCGCCAUGGUCCGCAGACGCUGCCCCCGCCCUGCCAGCAAAGGUGCUCUCCCGACGGUCAGCCUCAGCCUGGUCGUCUAUGACUGCCCCAACAUCACCUGGACCGGCGUGCGCGAGGUCCUCAGCCGAAACACCGAGGCUCCCUGCCCGCCCGCCGCCGUCGUACGCGACGACCACGACGGCAAAGACGAAGAGGUCCUCACCAGCAGCGCCGCCGUCACUAGCACCCACACCCUUGAUUCUGAUUCUGUGGUCCCUGGCGACGGUCACCACGGUCGUCCGGCAUUCGCCGUACCCGAGAAGGACCGCCUCCUCCCAGCCGAGAUCAUCACUCUGAAAUGCUUCCACGGCUGGCAGAUGACGGUCGACGAGCACACCAAGAGGGUGCUGAGGGGCGACGGGCCGGCUGCCAGGCGGCUGGAGCGGAAGUGGGCAGAUUUCAUGCAGGCCAACGAGGAGGCCGGGGCCGGCGGUGCGGGGGGCUGGAGGAGGAGGCGACGGGCGAGGGAGGCGCAGAUGGCGCAUGACGAGGAAGGCGGGGAUGGUGGGAUGGGUGCCGCCGGUGCGAACGAUGCCGCGGCUUGGGGGGGGAGAAGAAGGAGAGCGAGGACGACGGGAUGUACUGUCAUGUGAUCCUGUCUUUUCCUCAUCAUCAUCC